CAUAUUAUCCUCAUAAUAAUUCACUCUCACUUUGUUCUUUGUUGUCUUUUUUCUUACACAUAGUUGACUAAAUUAACUAGUAUUAAGCUUUUUCUUUUAUUUGUUAUAGUCAUGGCUUGUGUCGAUGAAGAACAAAAGCCCAAUUUUAAGCAUUAUUGUAAAGUUUGCAAGAAGGGUUUUAUGUGCGGGAGAGCUCUAGGUGGGCAUAUGAGAGCUCAUGGCAUUGGAGAUGAGAGAGCAAAUAUGGAUGAUGAUGAUGAUGAUGAAGCUAGUGAUUGGGAAGACAAUCCUGGAGGAAGUGAUCUUAAGAGGAUGUACCAAUUAAGAGCAAACCCUAAUAGGCUAAAGAGCACUAGGACAUGUGAGAAUUGUGGCAAAGAAUUCUUGUCAUGGAAAUCUUUUCUUGAACAUGGAAAAUAUUGUGGCUCGGAUGAUGCUGAUGAUCAGUCCUUUGUAUCAUCACCUGGUUCAGAUGGUGAGGAAUAUAAUGUUGGUGGAAGAAAAGGUUAUGGUUGGUCUAAAAGGAAAAGGUCCUUGCGGACUAAGGUUGGAACUUUUAGUUCAGCUUAUAGUGAGCAAGAAGAUCUUCUUCUUGCAAAAUGGCUUAUAGAUUUAGCCAAUGCAAGGGUAGACCCAUCAACCAUUGAGCCAGAGGAGUCAUGCGCCUCGGCUAGUAAGGAGGAGGAGAGGCGGAAUCCGAUAAUGACCUACCUUAGUACUCCCGGCCUCGUCAACCGAGACAGAGAUCUCCAUCAUCGUAGAAAAAGUGACUUCGUCUUCUUACCUUCGGACAAGGCUAAAGGGGCUUCCAAAGGAUUGUUUGAAUGCAAAGCAUGCAAGAAAGUAUUCAAUUCCCACCAAGCCCUAGGUGGACAUAGGGCAAGUCACAAGAAGGUUAAAGGAUGUUAUGCAGCCAAACAAGAUCAAUUAGAUGAUCGUAAUGAUGUGAUUACACAUGAAGAUAAUUCCUUUAAAGGUUCAAAAUCAUCAUCUUACUACCAAUUUGAACAAGGGUCCUCAUUAUCAGGAGCUUCAAGAAGAAAAUCAAAAGUCCAUGAAUGUUCAAUAUGCCAUAGAGUUUUCUCGACAGGACAAGCUUUGGGUGGCCACAAAAGGUGCCAUUGGCUCACUUCCAAUUCUCAAGAUUCAUCUAUCUUCCCUGCAAAAUUUCAUUUUCACAAUGCCCUUGAGCAAAUUAAUGAAUUAUCAACCUUAGAGAAACAAGAUCCAUUGGAUCUUAACAUUCCACCAAAUGAAGACAUGUCAAGUACAAGGCAAGACCCUUGGAAUAUAAUUAAUCCCUUUGAGGUCUCCACAGAUAUACACUUGCAUCCAUGGAGUAUUAGUGAUCAUGAGAAAAAAGAAACGGAAACUGAUGUUAUUUACCACAACAAUUACGAGCAACCCCACAAAGAAAAUGAGGAUGACAACAACAAGAAUCACGAUAACAAUGACAACAACAAAAACAACAAUAACAAUGCUGACAAAAACAAAGCGAACAACAAUGUCCAUCAAGAUAAUGCAACACAAAUUUAUGUAGAAGAUGAUGAAGAAGCAGAUAAUAAGUUUAAGUUAGCAAAACUAAGUGACCUAAAGGAUAUCAAUACUAGUUCCGUUGAUCCUUCACAAUGGUUACAAGUCGGUAUUGGUCCAACAACAAAGGUUGGUGCUGACUCAUAAACUGUUUUUUUUUUCUUUCAUUCUCUUUUCUCCUUCCGCACAGUCACGGGUAUAUAUUUCUAUGCACAUAUUGUAAUUAAAAUAUCCACACACACACACCAAAAAAAAAAAAAAAAAAAAAAAAAAAAAAAAAACUUAUACACACCCAUUAUUUUUAGUGAAAAUACAG